GGCCGCGCCGCCGCCCAACGCGCCGCGCCGCGCCGGGCCGCCGGCAUGACAGAGGUCGGUACCGGGCUGCCCCCGACGGCUCUGCCGCUGCUUGGGACCGCCGCUAGAGCAGCCGCCGCUGCCGCUUUUUGCCUUGCUUGCUGCCAGCUACACCGCGACGACAGCACGGCCGCCCGCCGCCUCUCGCCCCGGCACCCCCGUCCUCCUCGUAGCCGGGCCGCGGGCGCGGUGCCGAGAGCCCCCCGCCGCCGCCCGGCCCCGGCGGGGGACAGAGAGAGAGCCCCGAGCCGCUGCGUCCGCCCGCGCCCGGCCGCCGGCACCGGCCUGGAGGCUGCCCCGCGCACGUCCGCCCCGCACACAGCGCCUCGGCACGCGGGUGCCCCGGGCCUGCCGCCCGCCCGCGCCCAUGGGCGACUGAGAGCCCCGGGCCGGCCCCAGGCACGCAGCUCGGCCUGCGCCCCGCCGGCACCCGGCGCCCCGCCGAGCGGGGGCCGCUGUCCGCGACCGGCUCCGUGCUGCGAACCGCUGGCGGAGCGCGUCCCGGAGCGCGUCCCGGAGCCCGUCGGACCGCGCAGCUCCCGCACGUACUUUCAAAUAGGGAGCGGGGAAGCGGCGCUCCGGAGGUGGCGCUGUCAUCGCUCCCGGUCCCUCGGUUCAGCCGCUUGUCUGUGCGGUGUGUCGGCAAGUUUAACUACCUGUAGAACCUAA